UAAACAUUUCAUCUGGUUUAACUACAUUCGAAGCUGAUGUGUUACAUUUCUUCUGUUUAGCUUUAAUGCCCAAGGAGAAGCCACCAUUGAAUGUUGUGGGAGAUGUGGGAGGCAGGAUUGCCAUUAUAGUGGACGACAUGAUAGAUGAUGUUGAUGCGUUUGUCAAAGUGGCAGAAGUACUGAAGGAGAGAGGAGCAUAUAAAGUGUAUGUCAUGGCCACCCAUGGUCUCCUAUCAUCAGAUGCCCCCAAACUCAUAGAGGACUCCUGUAUUGAUGAGGUUGUUGUCACUAACACUGUUCCACACGAGAUGCAGAAAAUGCAGUGUCACAAAAUUAAAACCGUGGACAUCAGUAUUAUGUUGACAGAGGCAAUCAGGCGUAUCCAGAAUAACGAGUCCAUGUCCUACCUGUUCAGAAACAUUGGAUUGGACGACUGAUCUCAGGUGUAUAUGUCUCCGGAACAUUAGAAUUUGUUGUCUGUAAUUUAUGUUAGAAUAUAAAAAGAAAUGGAUCUGUAAUGUUUGAAAAUUGACAACAAUUUGUUAUUAGUUUUGCUAGUACGUGUACCUGCAUGGUGUAAAGAUAAUUUUAGUGUAGUCUAAGCUUUGUUUCAUUUGUAUUAGAGAACUACAUUUUUCUAAAAACACAGAAUAUAGUUUGACACGUAAUAAUUUUUUUAUUUAAAUGGUGAAAAUAUUGUACUUGCAUGUCUUAAAUUUCCACAUGUAUGUUUAUAGCUGUUUUCCACAGGAAGAAAACUUUUACCUUGAGAAAUAGUAUGCUUUCUCUGUAGCUGCAAUAAUGUAGCCCUCUCCGAUUUUUUUUUAUCUGAUGCCCCCCCCCCCCAAAAAAAGGGGGGAGAGGUCUCCAUUAUUGCAGCUAGCUUUCACUGUUGAUCCUCUUUUAUAUGUGCUAACCCCCUCC